GCUAACCAUGAAGUCGACCAACCACUUGUUAAAUAUAUUUUUUAUUUGCUUCAUCGCCAUACCAAAUUCAAUGGCAAGAAUUCCAAACUAUUGUCAGAAUCCCCACUGCCAAGGCUUAAAUUUGGCCUGUACUUCUCAAGGAAAUCUUUCUAAUUGCCCACGUAAUGCCAAGUUGCUGGAAAUGACGAAAUAUAAGAAUUCUUUGGCUGAUAUUUUCAAUACAUUGCGUAACGAUGUAGCCGGUGGCAAAUAUCGCAACUUGCCCAAAGCAGCACGCAUGGGCAAAAUGACCUGGUCCAAUGAAUUGGCCAUGUUUGCCCGUUUGGAUGUCAGCCGCUGCCGACUGACCCCCAGGCCCUGCAUGAGUUCACCAUUUUUCUAUUAUAUCGGACAUAUGGCGGAAAAGAUUAUAUUUUUGGAAUACGAAACCGAUCGAGGAAACUUUGCCAUGAUGACGGAAAUAAUUGAUGGUUGGUUAUCGGAGAUAACUGGAAUAUCUCGCACAGCUACUUUGGUUUUGCCCAGUAGCUUUGACAAGCCUCAGAAAUAUAAAACAGCUCUCAUUAUAAAUGAACGAAGUUCACAAUUUGGUUGCGCCGCAUUACGUUACACUUUGGCGGGUUAUAAGUAUUUCUACUUUAGCUGCGCCUUUGCCACCGACAAUCUUAUUGGUCGUCCGAUCUAUAAAUGGGGUGCUCAACCAGGCGAUAAGUGCCAACACAAGGAUAAAACCUAUGCCAAUCUUUGCUGGAGUGAAGAGGAUUAUGAGAACAAUAAAUACACUCAAAGUGCUGGACCGUAUACGGAAUUAUUUGAAGUUUGAGAAAUUUAAUAAAAACCCAUUUCCAUUGCUCGUCCCUCUACAUAGACUAAAGUAUCAUCAUAAAUAUUA